AUGUAUGCAUUGCAGAAAAAGUUUGACUGCCCCUUCAUUGAGAAAGAAAUUGAACAUGAUUACUUGGGACACUGGCUGCAGCAGUUUGUUGCUGCAGGGAUGGUUGACUCAAGCCAUCUUGUAUAUCAGGAAGUUGAUGCCUUCAUGACAGAGCAACUGCGUCAACCAUUCCCUAUCACAGACUGGCAACAAUGGCCCACAUUAUAUAGCUUCUGUCAGUCACUUUCAUCAGUUGCCUCUAGAAGCGGCUACAACUUUUAUGUUGGAGAAAAGAGAUUCGGGAUGAAGGAUCAAAAAACUGAAAUUGCAUCUGUGCUUCGUUACUGUCAUCCAGGGCCCUCAUUAUCUACCUUAGAUGAAAAGAAAGCUGAACCGGUGCUGCAGUCAGGUCCACAUCUUGCAAAUGUGUUGCUCUUAAUCAAAAUGCUCCAAAGCUUAGAUGGAGUUCCAUGUUUUAAGAAUGACAAAGUUUUAAAGUUUUGGGGUAUAAUGCACUACGAUGGCAUGCCCCUGAAUAUUGGCACAUUCCCUAGGAUUGAAGGCAGAGAGGUUAUAUUUGAUGGGAUAAAACCACAUUUACCUUUACAUCAAAUGAUAGAACUUCAACAAAAUGGUAGUGGAGCCCUAACGAAAUUCAUAUCUGAACACUGUACUUGGAUUUCAGAAGUAAGAGAGUAUGACAUCACAGAUGCUAGUGGUUCCUUCUUCAUAAAUGCAUUUACGGAGUAUGGCACUGCACAGGGUACUUCAGAGACUAUUAAGACAACAUUAUCAAAUGUCAUCAAAAGCAUAACCGUUUGUGUGGAUUGUGUCAAAGAUGGUGAACACAAAAACUGUCAUUUUACUUCUUUACCUGAUCCGUGUAGCAGGUGCAAAACUCUACAACAAAUGGGACAAAAUAUAUGCUGUACUAGUUUCAAAGUCAUACAUGUUUCCUCCGAUCAAGCAUCUGCCUAGAGGAAAGCUCAUAUUGAGUUAAAUGAAAUGUCAAUCAAGGACAUCAGAGACAGCAACUAUGUGCAGUAUGGUUUUGGGAUGCUGCAUUUUUGUAAAAAUGCUAUAUCGGCUGUAAGAAACUACAGACUGACAGAUAUGGCAGACACAUUCAGUGUCUCUAUGCUGACAUCCCUACGGGCCUCAAAUUCAGAAGAAAGCAAACGAAUAAGGAAGGUGGCACCUGCCGGAGUGUUCUCCUUUAAAGAUCGCCACAGUGAUGAAUUGUGUUACCAGACUGUAUCUGAAAACCUGGAAAAGAUUCUACAGGAAACAAAAGAUGUGCUAAUGACAUUGGUUCCAGAACAAUACCGAACAUUUACUACAGAAGCAAUGACACACUCUCUCCUGGGUCGUCCUCUGUACAUAACAACUAAUGUAAAUGGUGAUUUCUUGUUCACAGGUAAGAAAUUGGUGUGCAAUUUAAAAUAAUCAAUUUAGUUUAACCUGUUUAUCACACUUAAGCACUGUGAGCUUAUGAGACCAGAGUAUGUGUGUAACUAUAUGAAAAGUUAACAAAAUUACUGAAUAAACAAAUUAUUAUUUUUUUUCUUGUUUAAUAGAUGCAGAGUUUGAAGUUGUUGUUAUGGCAAACAGACAUAUUCCGCCCAAAUGCAUUGCAAUUGGAAAAUGGGAUGAUCCUGGUGAGUUUAAACAUUAAAUUGUGAAUGUCAUUUCUUGUGCUCAAAAUAUCAGUUCCAAAUGAUAAUUUUAUCUUUUGUUUUCUGUCAUUGUCAUUUUUUAGUAUAAUUUUGGUAAAAAAAUCACAUGUUUCUUAGAAAUGAGGCCAUUUUUGAACUACAUACUGUAAGCAUCAAACACAUUUUGGGUGGCACCAUAUAAUGUAAAAUUAAUAUAAUAGCUAAAAGUCGUGGUAAAAUAAAGUGGAUUGAGUCUGAACCCUUUAACAAAACAAAAACAACAACAACAACAAAUAUUUGCUAGACAGACAAGUUUGUUUCCAGAAACCAUGUGCUUGACAGUUUUAAUUGAAAAAGAAGCUUACAUCUUUUUUUUACUCCUUUCUUUAGGACCAGCCCAAUCUAACCCAAUGCCAUCAUCAAAAGCUUCUUUUAGACAUCCUGCUGGCAUAGAUGUGAUGAUAUGUUCCGCAUCAAAAAGGGGAAUCUGCUUUGUUGCAGAUUCAGGGAAUCAUACAAUUCGUUAUAUUGAUGGAGUACAAAACAUUGAAGGCCCUAAGCUUGUUGGUACUCUGGCAAUCCACCCUGUGGUAGCAAAUUGGAAACCCGAGGGACUGGCAGUUCUCAAUACACAAACACUGGCUGUAACUGCAGGAAAAAGUUUGUUUUUGAUACACCUGAAUGAGGCACUUUUGCAUGGACAAAUGACCACCAUUGUUAGCACACUCUCAAGUCCUCAUGGUCUCUGCCUCAAUCCAGAAAACACAGAUGCAGUUUUAGUUGCUGACAGAAAUGUUGUCAAAGAGAUCAAUCUCACUUCAAAAGAAACUGCCAUUAUUGCUCAAGGUUUCCAGACAGCCUUUGAUGUUUCUUCAGCAGCCAAUAAGCAAAUUGGCAUCACAGAUGUGAGUUCCCAUAAGGUAACAAUGUUGCAAUGGAACAAUGACCAAAAUGAAUGGGUCAAGACAAAAGACGUUGGAAGUGGGACAGCUGGACCUAGAGAUGGAAAGGCCUGUAAUGCUGAGCUCCAUGAGCCCACAGGAGUUACGUUUGACUUGAACUCUGCCAUCAUUCGCUGCAUUGGAGGAAAGAACCAUGGGUGCAUCAAAUGA